UAACCAUGACCUAGAUGAAUGAGAACCUACACAGACGCUGUAGUCAUGGGAAUAGUUUUUGUCUCAUUAUCACUAAAAAUGUAGAUUAAAAAUAUUCUUAAUCACACUAGCAUUUUCUAAAUCUUUAAGCUAAUGCGAUCCCAACGUAUGGAGCAGUUGUGGUGCAACUAAUGCAAUAUUCAAACUAGAUACACAGGGUGUCUGCAGGCUCUCAAAGAGUAUUAAAAGUUGAUUAAUCAAUUUGACCAAAAUAAAGGCUUUUAAAUGGUUUUAAAAAGUCUUAAGUGUUUUAUUUUUUUUUUAGUAAUCUAGAUAGCUGGCAGGCUUUAAAUACUUUUAACCCCCAGAAUUUAAGAGUAUUAUAAGUAUCCUAAAAUGGGCAGUUAUACCACAUUUAGUUUUUUCUCUUCAAAAUGAUGAUGCUUUUCUACUUUUUAGCUUUGCCUGCAGUGCAUCAAUGGUGAAUGGGUUCUUCUAAAUAUAUGCAUAUCUACUUUUAGGCUGCCCAAGCUAAAAAUGAGACCUUCAAUUCAGCUAUCUUAUUGCAUUAGUCAAAAUCAUAAUUUGCAUACUACAAGAGGGUUAUACUACCAACAUUUUCUUGCCUUUGUUGUUUUUCUUACUAUCGGCACAAAAUGUGUAUCUGUGUAUUGAUAUAGUAUGUUAGAAAUUAAAGAUGUAGUAGUCUUAAAAUGUAUGUAGUGGGUCUUGAAAAAAGUCUUAAAAUAUUUGAUUAAGGUCUAAAGGCAGACACAUUUAGCAGAAACUUAUAUCUGACAGAUGUUCAAAGGUAUUAAGGACCAAGGGCCCACACUGGGUACCAACUGGGGUUUGAACCCUGAUCUCCUUUACCAAAGUCAGAAAUAUAAACCACUAGCUAGACAGACAUGCACAUCUCUUACCAAUCUGCAUAGAUCUUUUCGCUUUGCUGAAAUGCAUUACAGUCACCUUUCCACCUCUUCAUCUCCCAGCCUCUGCUUUUCAAACUUUAGUAGCCUCAGUGAAGGUUUGCUACCAAAAGAUGUGGUACCCAGCGGCUCCAUCAGGCCUCUGCCAGAGAGCACCGCUCAUCUGUGGGCGGGGCUCUGGCCUCUGCUGUCCAAUAGAUUUUCCUGUCCCCUCCUUCCACCUUCUGUGUUUGUUUACUGCAUGCCAGUGUGUCUUGUGUGUUUGCUUCUUAGAUUUAGCCAUUCUGCAUUACAUUUUUAAACAGGGGAGAAAUAAUAGCAAUAUGCUCGCCACCCUGAAAAAUCAAUACUGACAGAAGAAGGCGUUAAAGUGAACUUAGCUUGUCUUCCUACUCUGAAUAGCUGAAGAGAAUUUUCUGUCCACUUUACUAUAGCUUUGCACCAAGGAUUAUAGUUACACAUUGUCAUCACUGUGCUUUAUAUUUAGUAGCUGUGGCAUCUUUAUUCUGCACCUAUGUGGAAAGCACAGAAUGGGUGAUGUGAGGAAAUUGGAUCUUCACUCCCAGCAGCUCUCCAGUCCCUGAUUCACUGUGGUGCCAGUGCUGUCGUUUUCUCUGAAUUAUGCAUAGGGCCUCUUUUUUUUUGCUCCCACAUUACAUAAUACUUAUCUUUUUGAAUGUUUUUUUUUGGCCUGGUUGACUUAGCGUCAGUAGCAAUGCUCUAUAACAGCAGUAAGUGUCACUGUCCCACCAGGCGGUGUCCACUGAUUCUGGCAGGCACUCUCUCACUCUCCCUCUCUUUGUCUCUUUACCUCUCCUCUCCCCUGAGCUCAUUGCAAUGCGCACGUUCCGCAGUCUAAGUGACCUUCAGAAUGCAUUUCAUCUGCUCUUGCUCCUCUCAUCGCCUGCCUCCACACGCUCUUACCGGCCCCUGCCAUGAAACCAACCCAUACUUCAGGUUAUUAAAUUAUACCGUCCCCUUUAAAAGCUCGCGUAAGGACAGGCAUUGCAUAUUAAAGAGGACGGAAGAGGGAGUGUCAAAGUGUGUGCUUUACUCAGGAGGGGUGCAAAUUAAGCAGGCAGAGUGGGUAAAUGAGAUUGAGAAGUUGUGUGAUAGUGUGUCGGGACGAGUGAUAAGGCACUAUUAUGUGUGUAGAAGUGUAAGAAAAGGGGAUAAAUGGUGAGUGAAAGUGUUAAUGUGUGUUUAUAUCUGUGUAAGAGAGAGAGAGGGGAGGGUAGAGAGAUACUAAGAGAUAGUGGGGCCUGUGAAUACUGCAGCCUCAGCUGGAUGCAGUGGAUCAGCUGCUCCCUCCAUCCCCAUCUCAUUUCUCUUCUGUCAACCCCCCCUCUACUUCCCCCUUGUACUGUCCGCCCCUCCCCCCUUUCUCUCUGCCUCUCCCUCUUCCCCUCCCUCUCUCUUUCUGUGCACCUCUAGCUUGGAUAGCUGUAGUCUUGAGCAUCCUUGCUGCUGCUGAUGCUGCUAUAAAUAUCUGCUGGUAGCCGUAGAGCGGCAGUGAGCAGCAGGCAGGCCAGAGGGAGGAGCAGAAGACCAGAGGACAGGACAGGACAGGACAGGACAGGACAGGACAGGACAGGGGGAAGGGAUCUAAAGCAGAGAGGAUAACAAGAUGACAGGCGGCCAAGCUCGAAAAAGAGGAAGAGGGGAGAAGAGAAGAGGGGAGCUGUUUAGUUAGCUCCAGGAAAGAGGAAGGUGUUUGUUUUUAUGUGUUUAUGCAUCCUGUAGUUCAGCCUGUGGCCUGUGCUGGACUUGGGAGUCAAAUUAAGGCCUCAACUUGGUUCGGACUCCAUUCAAACUGGCACUGGAGCUGCACUGGGUUUAUCCGAGGUAACAGUGAGACCUGGAGCUGGACUUCCUCUACAAACCAGGCAUUUUGUGUGCCUGACCUGAACCGAACCCUCUCCACGCUGCUGGUCGAUCAGUUUCGUGUGGGACAUGUGGGCCGGCAUGGGCCGGGGCGGGGCUGAGAUGUCAUGCUCCUGUGUUGCUGGUGGUGCCUGAGGUCAGAGGCGGUGGAGCUGGACACCAGGAGGGUGGACCACCGUGUGCUGAACUGCGAGGCCACUGCCUCCACCGCCAUCACAGCUGUUUCCCUUGAACAGUGGGAGCCAGAAACCACCAGUACUACUAUAGAGUCCUCCCAGAGUGUGAAGAAUUCAAGCUACAGUCUACCGUCGUACCAUCCCUACAGCAACAGCUAUGACUACUCAGACCAGAGCAGGCAGAGUGAGCGCUCAGGCCUUUGUGGACUUUCCAACCUGGGCAACACGUGUUUCAUGAAUUCUGCAGUGCAGUGUUUAAGCAAUAUCCCCCCGCUGACGGACUACUUCCUCAAAGACAAGUAUACAGAUGAGCUGAAUGAGGACAACCCGUUGGGCAUGAAGGGGGAGAUUGCCAGAGCCUAUGCCGAGCUUAUCAAGCAGCUGUGGUCGGGCAAAUACAGCUACGUCACCCCAAGGCCUUUCAAGACCCAGGUGGGCCGCUUUGCCCCACAGUUUUCGGGCUACCAACAGCAGGACUCUCAUGAGCUGCUGGCCUUUUUACUUGACGGCCUUCAUGAGGACUUGAACCGCAUCAGGAAGAAGCCUUACAUCCAACUUAAAGACGCUAACGGCAGGCCUGAUAAGGUUGUGGCAGAGGAGGCGUGGGAGAACCACAUCAAGAGAAACGACUCCAUCAUCGUGGACAUCUUCCACGGCCUUUUCAAGUCCACCCUGGUGUGUCCUGUGUGCUCCAAGGUGUCUGUGACUUUUGAUCCUUUCUGCUACUUGACCCUCCCCCUGCCCAUGAAGAAGGAGCGGACCCUGGAGGUCUAUCUGGUCCGACUAGAUGCUCUAGCCAAACCAACACAGUAUAAGCUGACGGUGCCAAAGGUGGGUUACAUCUCUGACCUGUGCACCGCUCUCUCCAACCUGUCCGGGGUGCCUGCUGAGAAGAUGAUUGUAACUGACAUCUACAACCACCGCUUCCACCGGAUCUUUGCCACCAACGAAAACCUCAGCAGCAUCAUGGAGAGAGACGAUAUCUACGUCUUUGAGUUGGCGGUGAACAGGGUGGAGGACACGGACCAUGUAGUGAUCCCAGUGCACCUAAGGGAGAAGUACAAACAGUCGGGCUACAACCACACCAGCACACCGCUGUUUGGACAGCCUUUCCUCAUCGCCGUGCCCAGAACCCUCAGUGAAGACAAACUCUACAACAUGCUGCUGCUUCGCCUCUGUCGGUUCGUGCGAUCUUCUGUAGAGGAGGAAGAGGAGGAUUGUGAAGAGACACAGCCAGCCAAACAACACACUGUCAACGGAAACGCAACAAAUGGACUGCUGGAGGAAGGGUCACCAAGUGAGAUGGAGACGGAUGAGCAGGACGACGAGUCCAGUCAGGAUCAAGAGCUACCCUCAGAAAAUGACAACAGUCAAUCAGAGGACUCUGUGGGCGGGGACAACGAGCUGGAGAACGGCGUGGUUGGCCCACAGAAUUCCACUAAAGGCCAGCAGACGGCGGGGCACAACAGAAAGAGACUUUUUACAUUCCAGUUUAAUAACAUGGGAAAAACGGACUUCUCACUCAUCAAGGAGGACACUCGGCAGAUCCGCUUUGAUGAGGGACACCUCCGGCUCAGUGACCGUUCAUAUCUCUCCUUGGACUGGGAACCAGAGAUCAAGAAGAAAUACUUUGAUGAGACUGUUGUGGAGGACUUUGAAAAACAUGAGAGCAUGGAGUACAAACCUCAGAAGAAAGCUUUCUUUAAGCUCAAGGACUGCAUCGAGCUGUUCACCACCAAGGAAAAACUGGGAGCUGAAGAUCCAUGGUACUGUCCAAACUGUAAGCAGCACCAACAGGCCACAAAGAAGCUGGAUCUGUGGUCUCUGCCGCCGGUGCUGGUGGUCCAUCUGAAACGCUUCUCCUAUAGCCGUUAUAUGAGGGAUAAACUGGACUCCCUUGUUGAUUUUCCGCUCAGAGACCUGGACAUGUCCGAGUUCCUGAUCAACCCUAACGCUGGGCCCUGUCGCUAUGACCUCAUAGCUGUGUCAAACCACUACGGCGGGAUGGGUGGCGGCCACUAUACUGCUUACGCCAAGAACAAAGACGACGGGAAGUGGUACAACUUUGAUGACAGCAGUGUCUCUCCUGCCAAUGAAGAUCAGAUCGUGUCCAAAGCUGGCUAUGUGCUGUUCUACCAGCGUCAGGAUACGGUGAAAGGCACCGGCUACUUUGCCCUCGACCGUGAGGAAGAGGAGGAGGAUGAGGAGGAAGACGAGGGAGAGGAUGAGGAGAAUGACGGUGAGGAGAGGCAGGAAAGAAAGGCCGCUUCCUCCUCUCAGGGCGCCUCGUCCGCUGCCGGCGCCGCCGCUCAGAGCGACGAGGAGGACCUGAACGAGAACCGCCGCAGGAAGAAUGACAACGAGCAGGAGGAGGAGGAGGAGGAGGAGGAGGAAGAAGAGGAGGAGGAAGAGGAGGAGGAGCAGGCGCCAAACCGAGAUGUUGCUAUGAAAACCAACUGAGGAAAAAACGAGGACAGGGAUAAACGGAGAGAGAGACUGGGAUCUUUCCAUCCAAAGCCAUAUGGACUCACAGCAUGGCAACGGGUGCCACCGGUCCCAACCAGCAGCUCGGACUCGGCCCCUCGACAGGCGGAGCCACUGCGGGGAGGACAGCUGUAAGGUCGGGGAGCUGCCGGGGUACGCAACUCUAAGAAUCAGGGCCCUCCUCUGUGGUUGGAUCACUGUGUGUGUGUGUCAAGUGUGUGAGUGUUGCCACGUCCAUUUGUUAAAGAUUUGCUCAGAAAAGACUCACCGAUGACAUAGAGGGAUUGAUUUAGAGGUUUUCUGAAUCACUCUCUGCUUUUUGUGUCCAUCUGUUUUUAUAUAUUUUGAGAGCAAAUCCUUGUUGGCAUAUCAUUUUAUCAUUUGUAAAUAUUUUAAACACUGAAUUAUAUCGGGUUUUCAUGGUGCGCUGAAACAUUUUGAACUUGCACAAUCACCAACCAUCCACUUUUUUAUGUGUUAUUGCCAGACAAGCUGCAAUUGUUAAACGAGGUUUUCUCUAGGAAGGUUUCAGUCGCCGCCUUCAGCAGGCCGGCGACGAGACGCGUCUCCAGUCUAGACUCAACAUAGAGAAGUGAUGCUGACAGUCGUAUAAAGUCAAACAGCCAAACUGUCCCAGCUUUUGUGUCGCUGCUGCUACUGCUGUAAUCUUUAGAUAGAUAGUAGUGUUUGAGCAUGAGCCUCAGCAAGUCGAACUCCUGCUUCUGCCGGCUCUUUAUGCUUCUCUGAUUAGAGCCUUCUACAACUAGGGCUGUCGAGAUUAAUCGCAUUAAUCGCUAUAAACUAGGAUCCACAAUUAGUACUGGCUUUGUUUAAGCGUCGCCCUGCAGCCACAGUGAUGUGAAAUAAGUCAACCACUGCUCUUUAAUGUCUUAUUUCACUUUAAAACCUCAGACGGCGUAGAGGACAAGUCAAAAGUCAUCUGUAUGAAACAUUUACCUGUUUAUUGUUCUCUUACUUCCUUUUCAAUCCAUAACAAGUUCUUACUUGCGUUGUUAAAUUCAUGUUGUCAUCCCUGAUCUACCUAUAAAGCGGCAUGGUUUCAAAACAGGAAGUCAGCUACCCUUGGUUUGAGUCAGAAAUGCAACAAAAAGAGUUUUAAAUGGCAAUAAUGGCAAAACAUGAUUCAAAUGAUGUGAUUAAUCCUGGUUAAAGGGUUGUUACAGAAUUUUUAAGUUGGGUUGUAUGAGGUCCUUGGCGAUAGUAGUGCAGAUAGUUCCAGAGAUUUCAGUGUGCAUUUUCACCUGUAAUAAGAAGUCAGUGGUUCCCAUCCUAUUUUCCUUAGGCCACACUCAUAUCAAAGAAAAGCUAAGCCCUAAAGGAUCCACUCGGUUUUUUUUGGGCAUUUUG